AUGGUGUUAUUAGGAAAAACUGGAUCGGGAAAAAGUGCAACAGGGAAAACCAUUUCGGGCAAAACACAAUUUGAAUCAAUACCGUCAAGUUCAUCGGUAACAAAUUGUUGCGCAGUUCGCAACGGGAAGUUGGAGGAACGUCGACUUGUUAUAGUAGAUACCCCAGGUGUAUUCCACACGAACGACACAACUGAAAUAUCCAUGAAUGAAAUAGUUCGCUGUAUCAAAAUGUCAUCUCCAGGUCCACAUGUUUUUCUUUUAGUUAUAAAAGCCGAUCGAUUCACAGAAGAGGAAAACAGAUCCAUUAACAUUCUUCUCGAGUUGUUAAGUGAUGAUAUUUUUGCAUUUACAGUUGUUAUUUUUACACGACUUGAUGACAUAGAAGCAGAAGGAAUAUCAAUUGAUAAAUUUGUCAAAAGUUCCACCGAAGCUCUAAAUCGUUUGACAAAGCGAGUAAAUUUUCGAUACAUUGCUGUAAACAACAGAGGAACCACAACACAACAGAUGUCUUUUAUCUUGUCAUUGAAAACGAUAAUAAAUAAAAUGCAACAGGAAAACGGUGAACAAUAUUAUACAAUUGGCAUGUACAAGGAAGCAGUUUCAAAACGUCAAGCAAAAAUACUGACAGAAGAGAGCACAAACGUACUUGAGAAGCUCAAAAUAGCAGAAAAUGUUGAAACUAAAUUCGAGAAUGUAAUAAAUAAUGCAGAAUGGACAAAAGGUCGUCUUCAAGAUGAAUUAUCAAAACAAAAGGAACAGAGCACGCGUAUAAAAACGGAAUGUAAAAAAUCACGACAAGUAAUAUUAGGUAUGCUGCUGGACUUGACAAGAACAAAAGCUUGUCACCGAAAUGACCUUUACAAUACCACAAAAGAAGAACAACAGAAACUUGAAUAUAGAUUAAAUGACAGAAGCAAACAGCAAAACAAAAGUAUUUCAUUGUACGCAGCUUCUUCUUGUCUUAACAAUGACGAGAUCCAAUUACAAAAUUUUGAACAUGAAACAAUGGUACAUUUACGAAAUCAGAAAAUACAAUUUCAGAGGCAGAUGAAGGGAGCUAUAAACAUGGUAACGCAAACAUCGGAUGAGGGAAUAUCUGAAAUUAAAAGUAAAUUGUAA